AUGAAUAGCAUCGACAAAGUCAUUCAAAGUGGAUAUUUCAACGAUACUCUCAGACAAUGGCACUGUCUAAACACCCAAAUCACCCCUUUUAAUUUAAUGUAUCCUAUUUUCAUUUUGUGAGUAUAUUAUUAUGAUCAACCUACUAGUUUAAAACAUCAACGGUUAUAAUAUAGUUACGUAAUUUUUGUUUGACAGAGACGAUAUGGAUCUAAAAGAAGAAAUAAAAUCUAUGCCCGGCAUUUAUCGAUAUGGACUAAACCAUGUCAAAUCAAUGCUGGAUCCUGUCGUCGAGUCUGGACUGAAGUCUCUGUUGGUAUUUGGAGUGAUUAAUAAGUUACCAAAAGUAAAAAAAAUUUUUUUUUUUUUUUUAAAUUAUUAUUUACAAUACUUAAAUAUUUUAAAAAUUAUUGACAGAAUCAACAUGGAAAACAUGCUGAUUCUCCUGAGAAUCCAGUUAUUCAAGCUUUACCGUUAUUGAAAAAAUGGUAUCCCGAAUUGACAAUAGCUUGUGACGUAAGUAUAUUUUAUUUUAAUUGGUGAUCUAAUAUCUAAAUAUUACACAUUGUGUCAUUCAUGUAUUUUUAAAAUGAAUUCUUGCACUUAAUUUUAAAGUUAUAUUUUCUAAACACUUCAAUUAAACUUAUUGUAUCACUAAGAUUUUUUUUUUUUAUUCAGAAUUUUUUGAUUAUUAAGCUCGAAAAUUAUAAUUUACAACAGUGAUGGGUAGGUACAGUAGAGAAAAAAUAAACUAGAAUUUGGUGAAGUAUAUUUAUUUUUUUUUUUAACUGUAAUUAUUUGUUUUUACAGGUAUGUCUAUGUCCAUAUACGUCUGAUGGGCAUUGUGGAAUCGUUGAGAAUCAAUGUAUAGACAAUGAACAAAGUAUAAAACGAUUAGGAGAAAUAGCAUUAUCUUAUGCUCUAGCUGGUAAAACAUAAUUUGUUGAUAUUAUACAUUUUAUUAAAAAAAUAAUGAAUUUCAUUUUUAAAUGUGUGAUUAAUGAAAUUAAUAUAAGAUAGUAAACAAUUUUAGUCAACCACUUGUUCUUUCAAUUAGAUCUAUACCAAAACUUAGUUAUAUACUUACACUAUGUUCAACCAUAAAAUUAUUAAUUCUAACUUGUACUCUACAAAUAAUUAACAUAUUAUUAUUUUUUAGGUGCCGAUAUUGUUGCUCCAUCUUGUAUGAUGGAGGGACACAUUUCGGCUAUUAAAAAUAGUUUAAUGAAAGAGAAAUUGUUGAGCCGAGUGUGUGUACUGUCAUAUUCCGCAAAAUUUUGUUCAGUAUUUUAUGGACCCUUCAGGGAUGCUGCAAAUUGUUCACCGAGCUUUAGCAAUCGUUCGUCAUACCAAAUUCCAGUUGGGAGUUCAAGCAUUGCUGAAAGAGUGGUGGUUAGUAUUAUUAACAAUGAUAUCAAAUUUCUAUUAGCACUUUUAGUGUAAACUGGGAAAAAGAAUGAUUUAAUUAGUUAUAUUAAUAGUAAUAAUAAUAAAAUAGCAACUAUUCAAAAUUAAAAACUAAUUUAAAAGAAGAGCCCUAAUUAUUUUAAAAAUAAUAGACUGUAUAUAUAUUUUAUUAUUAUUAAAUUUGUAUGUAUUAUCAAUAAAUUUGUAAUUAAUUAAAAACUUUAUCUAGGUACUAAUAUAAAUAACUAAUAGCACUGAAUAAACCUUAAAAAUUGUUGUAUUAACAUUAGAUUGUUACAGAAUAGAGAUAUCCACGAGUCUUGUGAUAUGACUAUGGUAAAACCCGGAAUGAUGUAUCUUGAUAUAGUUAGACAAAUUAAAAACAAUCAUCCAAACAUACCGUUGUUUAUUUAUCAGGUAUAUCAAGAUUUGAAAAAAAAUAACAAUAAUUUAAUAUUUAUUAGUAAUAUUUCUAUUUUUGGAGUAGGUAUCUGGUGAAUAUGCGAUGAUACAUCAUGCUGUACAAGGAGGCGUUUAUGGGUUGAAAGAAGGUUUAACCGAGAUUUUAAGAAGCAUGCGGCGAGCUGGUAUACACAAUAUCGAAAAUUAUGAUUUUUCAAAACUGUAUUAAUUUUAAUUUUUUCUGUUCCUAUAGGAGGUGAUGUAAUUAUCACCUACUACACGCCAAUAAUACUGAAAUGGUUAAAAGAAACAUGUCCAUUAUAA